UAUUGGGUUUUUAACACUCAUUAAACUUGACCCGAAUCCAAUAGGUUUAAAAUAAACCAAAACACCUCAGAACACACACAACCCGUGGCUACUCUGCUCGUGCGUGCUCGUUCGCCGUCGCUCUCCCCGCCGUCGCUCUCUCCGCGCCACCGCAACUCGUUAGAUGGAGGAUUCAGAGCGAAGGAAGAAAAGGUUGAAAGAAAUGCGCCAGCAAGCCGAUCUAGCUGAAGUUUCUGGUGGUAUCCAAGGUUCUGGGGUGCCUGGUUUUCUCUCAAAUCCCCUGGUUGAAACUUCUUCAACUGUGGCAUCGCAAGAUAAAUCACACGCUCCUCAUAGAUUUGACUUUUAUACUGAUCCAAUGAGUGUAUUCUCAUCUGACAAAAGGAGCAAUGCCAAUAUCCAGGCCUCACAGGGUUGUUUCCGUCCUCCAAAUAUUGGUGGUUCUCCUAUGGCACAAUUUCCAUCACCAUAUCCAGGAUCAACAAAUCCGCAGAUGACCCCCUCUCCCAGUCAAGUAUUUCCAGCACCCUAUAGAAACCCGGUUUGGAAUGGACCUAGAGGCCCUGCUCCCUAUAACUUCCCAUUCCAUCCAUCAGGUGGUGGUACCUAUCCAAAUCCUAGAUUUGAACCAUCAAGCAGCCCAUCAUAUAACUACAGACCCAGCUAUAGUCCGAAUCCUUCUCCAGGAUACACGAACACUCCAAGUCCUAGAUUCGAACCAUCAAGAAGCCCAUCAUAUAACUACAGGCCCAACUAUAGUCCGAAUCCUUCUCCAGGAUACACGAACAAUCCAAGCCCUAGUCGAGGGCGAGGUAGGGGCUCCUGGCAGAACACCAGAAGCCCUGUUUCAGGAAGGGGUGGUGGACAAGGCCGGAGUUCUCGCGGGCACUGGUCCAACGAGGACCAAUCUAUUGCUCCAGAACGAUAUUACAAGAGGUCCAUGAUUGAAGAUCCGUGGAAGUUUUUGCAGCCUGUAAUAUGGAAGGCAGUGGGUAUUUCUUUUAACACUGCACCUGCACCUGCACCUGCACCUGCAUCUGCACCUGCGCCUGAGAAUUCAAAAUCCUGGACUUCAAAGUCGGUAAGCACAAAAAGGGAUGGUUCAUCUGCUGCUCCUGUCAAGUUCAGUUCGGAACCAAGCCUUGCAGAGUACUUGGCUUCUGCGCUCAAUGAAGCUGCUGAAAGUGCAGAAAAAGAAUGAUAGCAGCUGGGAGUUCCUCCAUCAUGAUGUUGCCUAGGGAAAGGAAUGCCCAACCAAUUAAGAAACUACAAGAUUAAACAAGAACUCAUGUCAUGGAUGAAUGCCAGGGGCUCAGCUGUGUUGUGUUAGUGUAUAUAUUUUAUAUACUAAACACCCUGACAAGCUUUUAGGAAUGUAUUUGGGUUACUGACAUGCAACAAUUAGUUGACCAAUUGUAUACUAUAUUUUCUGAAUUGUACUGUAAUUUUUUUUAGUACAGGUACAAGGUUCAUGCUCGCUCUGGCCAGAAAUUGUUAAACCGUGUAACCAAAUUUUGAGUGUAAUAUGUUCGAUUCGUGUUAAAUUGUUUGGCAUAACAA